GGCAGCCGGGCAGACAUGUCCCGUUACACCGGGGGAGAGCCCGCGGAGAACGGCCUGGAGGAGCAGGAGGAAGAGGAGGAGGAGGAGGAGGAGGAGGAGGAAGAUCUGGACGACGAGGUGGACGCGUCUCACCUGGAGAAGUUCAUGAGAGACAGGAGGAGAGCUCAGUCCCUGCCCGCCUACCCGGCAGCGCUCCUGGACGGCGUCCCCGGUAGUAACGGGAGGAAACGGGUGAAGUUCGCCGACUCGAUGGGUCUGAACCUGGCGAGCGUCAAACACUUCAGCACCAUGGAAGACCCGCAGAUCCCCAGCAAGGUCCUGUCCCGGCACAGGAGCUUCCCGCCGCCGCAGCAGGACUCACUCACCGACCUGUGCCACAGUUUUAAGACCAGUCUGGAGAUGGACCGGCUGGUCGCGUGCUUCCCGGAGCCACGAGACCCGGAGAGCAGAGUGCAAAAGCUCCGUGUCUGUCUGGAGAAGGUCUCCAUCACACACUUUGACGUGCGGGGGAAGAUCCGGGUGUUCACCGGCUGCGCUGACAGAGAAGUCGGAGUCAGGUACACCUUCAACAACUGGCUCACCCACGUGGACGCGCAGGCUCUGUCCGUGCCCGUGGAUCAGCCGGGCCUCGUGGGGGAGAGGUACAGCUUCACCGUGUACACGCCGCCCUUCAUGGAGCCCGGCUCGGCUGUGCACUUCGCUGUCUACCUGAAGAAUGAGGAAGGGGAGUUCUGGGACAACAACGAGGGGCAUAACUACACCCUCAGGUACUACUGCAUGCCCAGCAGCAAGUUUACCAGCGCGGCCUUCCACGCCACCUGACCGGCGCGUGCGUCAUGCUAAAGCUAGCUCUCCACCUGAUUCAUUUCUCUGUUUCUCUGAAGGACAACAACUACAACAUGUAUGGAUAUUCUUCUUCUUCUUCUUCUUCUUCUUCUGUUCCGCUCGGAUCGAUGGACUCUGGUCACCGCUGCUCCUUGGACUCCUGACUUCUGUUAAUGAGAAUAAAAUAUGUUAAUGAAGCUAAAAAUAAAACGUAUGAAUAACUUCA